AUUUGCGUGCGAGCGAGGGUACUCAUUGUUGCGAGAGAGCCAGCUAAAGGGCCGGGAAGAAGAACACAAAGGGGUGGUGGGGAACAAAGGAGCGGGUGGACCUCGGCCGCGCACCGACACAUCAGUCGAGCACCUUCCACCGUCGCGAGUCCACACACCAGAAGCCAUGGAUGAGGAAGCAGAUCCCUGGGGAGACGUCGAAGAGACCCCCGCAGAAGAGGCCCCCGCUGCCCCCGCAGAGGGUGCCGAGGGUGCUCCGGCUCUAGAGGGUGAGGCCGCCGCCGAGGGCGCGGAAGCCGCCCCCGAGGAGGCUCCCCAAGAAACGAGGCGCCGCGACCCCAACAGGCCAAUCCUGUGCAAGUACUUCAACAGGAAGCGCAACCUGAACUACUCGUACUUGUACGACUACCGUCACAGCUACUACGACGAUGUGAUCAAGUACCUGGACAACAGGGGUAAGGGCCAGGCCCUGGACCUGCCCAGGCCGCAGACGUGGGCCGAGCGGGCCCUGCGCACCUACCCCGAGCGCAUCCGCUCCAUCAAGGACACCACCAAGGACUCCGACCUGCUCCAGACAAUCCGUUCCAGCAACCAGGCUUACUACUACCACACACGAGAGUACGUCAACAGACGGCACUCGGGCACCUACCUGUGAGCUGCGCGCCCUCCUCCACUAACACCUGCAGGGCCCUUAACCGAAGAGCAACAAUGCGUUUCUAAGAGUCUGGAGCGAUCGUAUCUCCUUCACCACUUUCUAUCUCUGUCUUCUUCUCUUCUUCUUCUCUCUUCAAAAGUUGAAAUAGAUAUUGUUAAUCAUUUCUUGCCCUUCGCCGGUCUUCUUUCUCUUCAGCAAAAAUGUACGACAAUUUUUUACUCCAAUAAAUGCGCGCUCUGAGGUAUCUCAAAACGAAAAAAGAAUAUUUAUUUUUCUCUGAAACUUGCUCGUUCUUUUUUCUUGUACUGGUUUGUUUAAAUAUCAACACGCAAGUGUACUCUGUACGUCUCUUGUGUAAAAUGAAUGAUUUAAUCUAAUAAAAUGGAUUGGUCACGUAACAUCUCAACCAUAAGGCUC